AUGAACUUUCAAAGUAAAGCUAACAAGUAUGUGUGUCCCAACGAUCGACAACUUUCUUUGCGGGCUAAGCUUCGUACGGGCUGGAGCGCUGCCCGCAGCGAACCCCCGCUGACUUCAGCGGAGCGUGAGGCCAUCGCUGAUGUUGUCAAGCGUGCUGAAAAGGUGGAGGAGACUGAAGCACGACGGAUCGGCCGACUGGUCGCCCGACUUGAAGGAAUGCGCCGUUCGGCUCAAGGCCCGACGCCAAGGAGCUGUGUCCUGUGCGGAGAAACUUCCAGGCUAUUGGCCCCUCUACGGGUUUGCUUCAUGUGCAGGAACUCAGCUUGUCCAAAAUGUAUCAUUGAGACACCGCCACACAAGCAAUAUAUGUGUAACCUCUGUGCUGAAACUCGAGAGAUGUGGAAGAAGUCUGGAGCCUGGUUCUUCAAAUCGCUACCCAAAUAUGUCUUACCAGAAAGAAAGACGAAGUAUAAUGAUACGGAAUUUUCUAGAUCUCUACAGGAAGCGGGUAACAGCAGCAACGAGGGGAAAUCAGAUUCUGAGCCAAGCUCGCCUUUAAGCCUCCACCCACCGAUGUUCUCAAGACAGCCGAGCAGUACGGAUAGCAGGCGAUCUGUCAGUAUAUCGCAAGACGCGCAUUGUGAUGGUGAAACUGAAAACCUUACGCACGGCGUCAGCGGGUUGAGUCUCCAUAGAACAGAUAGCUUCAGCCAACGGUCGUUUGGUCUGAAACGCACAGGGAGUAAAGGCAGCGCCUACAGUCUGCGGAGUACAAGAAAGGAUCCACCAAAACCGACACAGGUUGAAAGACCACCAGUAAUCCCAGAUGCGGGUUUCGGAACUUUGGAGAUUAGGCUCGCUUAUGAAAAUGGGACGUCGUCUCUUGCGGUCUGUGUUUUGAGAGCCAGAGGUCUGAUUGGCAUGGAUAUGACUGGGCUGUCUGACCCGUUUUGUAGAUUAGAAGUGUUACCUACAGAGGGAACGUAUUCAAAUAGAUUAAGGACGAAGACUGUGCACAAAACUAAGAAUCCAGAAUUUAAUGAAACCCUUCACUUCUUCGGUAUCACGGAAUCCGAUCUUAAUACCAAAUCAUUGGAGAUUGUUGUUUUCGAUGAUGACAGAUACGGUUGCGAUGAAAUGGGUUCCGCAACGGUAGCGCUGCGUGAAUGUUCCAAAUCUCCAGCGCAGCUGCGUUUAGCAUUAGCAGGACCUUCUGGUACAGAACCGAGUGGUCCAAGGCUUCUAUUGGCUCUGUGCUAUAACACCAAGAGAAGAGCGCUGGCUGUUACCGUUUGUAGAGCCGCUGAGUUACCACCGCAAGAUAGUAACGGGUACUCCGACCCGUUUGUCAAGAUACAUCUGGAUCCAGACCCGUACCACAAGAAGCACAAAACUUCAAUUAAAUGGCGUAACUUGAAUCCAAUUUGGAAUGAAGGAUUCUUCUUUGAAACGCGCCUGACGGAGUUGUCGCGACAGAAUUUAACAUUAACUGUUUGGGAUAAGGAUUAUGGCAAACCGAACGACUUCCUCGGAUCUUUGGUGUUGGGUUCCAGCAGUAAGGGCAGAAGAUUGAAGCACUGGAUGGAUUGCAUCAAGUUUCCUGAUCAUCGUCAUGAACAAUGGCACUCUUUGACAGAUACACAGCAUAUUUAA